UGGAGGGGGGAGUCGCUCCUGAUUGUGUUGCAGGGACAGCGCGAGGAGGAAAGCCCCCAAUCCAGAGCUCCGGAGGAGAAGAGAGCAGCAUGAAGACAGCAGAGGUAUUCGACACAUCGGAGACGUCAGUUUGCGGAUAACGUUUGGUUUACGGUCACCGCUCGCAACCUGCGGGACGACUGCAUGAGCCGCCGUGAUGGCAGGCGGCCGGAGAGGACUAGUAGCCCCUCAGAAUACUUUUCUAGAGAAUAUUGUCAGACGAUCGAACGUUUGGACAUUAUCACAUAGACAGACAGACACCAACUUUGUCUUGGGCAAUGCUCAGAUCGUGGACUGGCCCAUCGUCUACAGCAACGAUGGCUUCUGCAAGCUGUCCGGCUACCACCGGGCUGAAGUCAUGCAGAAAAGCAGCACCUGCAGUUUCAUGUAUGGAGAGCUCACUGACAAGGACACGACGGAAAAAGUGCGGAUGACGUUUGAGAAUUAUGAGAUGAACUCGUUCGAGAUACUAAUGUACAAAAAGAAUCGAACGCCGGUGUGGUUUUUCAUGAGGAUAGCACCCAUACGGAAUGAACAAGAGAAGGUGGUGCUCUUUCUCUGCACCUUCAGUGAUAUCACAGCCUUCAAACAGCCUAUUGAGGAUGACUCGACUAAAGGCUGGGGCAAGUUUGCCCGUUUGACCCGAGCCCUGACCAGCAGUAGAGGGGUACUUCAGCAGCUCCAACCCACUGUCCACAAAGGAGAGAAUGUCCACAAACACUCUCGCCUGGCUGAGUGGGCAGGGUUUAACCCGGAAGUGCUGCAGUUGGGUUCGGACAUCUUGCCCCAGUACAAGCAAGAGACGCCCAAGACGCCUCCACACAUCAUCCUGCACUACUGCGCCUUCAAGACCACAUGGGACUGGGUCAUCCUCAUCCUCACCUUCUACACGGCCAUCAUGGUGCCUUACAACGUCUCCUUUAAGACCAAGCAGAACAACGUCACCUGGCUGGUGGUGGACAGCAUCGUGGACGUCAUCUUCCUGGUGGACAUCGUGCUCAACUUUCACACCACGUUCGUGGGUCCGGCGGGCGAGGUCAUCUCCGACCCCAAGCUCAUCCGCAUGAACUACCUGAAGACCUGGUUCGUCAUCGACCUGCUCUCCUGUCUGCCCUACGACGUCAUCAACGCUUUCGAGAACGUGGACGAGGGCAUCAGCUCCCUCUUCAGCUCGCUGAAGGUUGUCCGUCUGCUGCGCCUGGGCCGGGUGGCCCGCAAGCUUGACCACUACAUCGAGUACGGUGCCGCCGUGCUUGUGCUGCUGGUGUGCGUCUUCGGCCUGGCCGCCCACUGGCUCGCCUGCAUCUGGUACAGCAUCGGCGACUACGAGGUCAUCGACGAGGACCACAACCAGGUGCGCACGGACAGCUGGCUCUACAUGCUGGCCGAGUCGGUGGGUACGCCGUACCGCUUCAACGUCAGCGGCACGGGCAAGUGGGAGGGCGGUCCGAGCAAGGACUCGGUGUACAUCACCUCGCUCUACUUCACCAUGACCAGCCUGACCAGCAUCGGCUUCGGCAACAUCGCCCCCACCACCGACGGAGAGAAGAUCUUCGCUGUCGCCAUGAUGAUGAUUGGAUCCCUUCUGUACGCCACCAUCUUCGGUAACGUCACCACUAUCUUCCAGCAGAUGUACGCCAACACCAACAGGUACCACGAGAUGCUGAACAGCGUGCGGGACUUCCUGAAGCUCUACCAGGUGCCCAAGGGCCUGAGCGAGCGCGUCAUGGACUACAUCGCCUCCACCUGGUCCAUGUCGCGAGGCAUAGACACAGAAAAGGUGUUGCAGAUCUGCCCAAAGGACAUGCGCGCCGACAUCUGCGUGCACCUAAACAGGAAAGUGUUUAAGGAGCAUCCUGCGUUCCGAUUGGCCAGCGACGGAUGCCUGCGCGCUCUGGCCAUGGAGUUCCAGACCAUCCACUGCGCCCCGGGGGACCUCAUCUACCACGCCGGCGAGAGUGUGGACAGCCUCUGCUUCGUGGUGUCGGGCUCUCUGGAGGUCAUUCAGGACGACGAGGUGGUCGCCAUCUUGGGGAAGGGUGAUGUGUUUGGGGACGUGUUUUGGAAGGAGGUGACACUAGCACAAUCCUGUGCCAACGUCCGAGCUCUGACAUACUGCGACUUGCAUGUGAUCAAGCGUGACGCCCUGCAGAAAGUUCUGGAAUUUUACACGGCCUUCGCCAACCACUUCUCACGGAACCUGCUACUCACAUACAACCUACGCAAGCGGAUCGUGUUCCGUAAGAUCAGCGAUGUGAAGCGUGAGGAAGAGGAGCGCCUGCGGAGGAAGAACGAGGCGCCCCUCAACCUGCCGCCCGACCACCCGGUGCGCCGCCUCUUCCAGCGCUUCCGGCAGCAGAAGGAGGCGCGCCUGGCGGCCGAGCGAUUCCCGGCCGACGAGCACGACCUGGAGAAGGGCCACGGGCCGACGCCGGUCCACCUCGGGCACGGGCUCGGGCUCCCGGGCGCCGCUGCCCGCCACCAGGCCGUGGUGCUGCACGACGCCAUCGCCAGCACCAGUAUCGUCACGGUGACGGAGAGCCCCGCCACCCCCAUCCCCUGCAACUCGGCGCCCGGUCCGGCGCCCGGUCCGUCAGAUCGAGCCCGGCUUCAAGCCCCGCGCGCUGGCGGCGGCAGCGGGUGGCGGGGCGUGGCGGCCAAGCCGGACAGCGGCGGCUGGACCAAAGUGUCCAAGGCGGAGUCCAUGGAGACGCUGCCGGAGCGGGGGAAAGGCGCGGCGCCCGAGGAGAGCGGCCUGAAGAAGACGGACUCGUGCGACAGCGGCAUCACCAAGAGCGACCUGCGUCUGGACGAGGGCGAGGCGCGUUCCCCCGGCGACCGCAGCCCGCUCCAGCUCGCCGCCGGUCUGGGGCCGCCCCUCCCGUCGACCGCGGUCAUCGGCGUCGUCGGCGUCGGCGGCGGCGGCCACACGGCGGCCAGCACGCCCUCGCCGCUGCCGGCCCACAUCCCGCCCAUCCCCGAGCACAGCCUGCACGCGUCGCUGCUGGAGCUCCGCGCCGAGCUGAAGGAGGAGCUGGCCGCACUGGGCAGCCGCAUGCUGGCGCUCGAGAGCCAGGUGGCCGAGGUGCUCCGUCUGCUGCGCCACCGCAAGAGCCCCCCCGCCGGCACCCCCACCUCCCCGACGCCGCUCUUCCGCAUCUCCCGGCCCGCCACGCCCGACUCCGAGAAGGAGGACAUCUUCAGCUGA